AUGGCGGACAAUCACAGCAUCAGCUCUUCGGCAUUGCCUGCUCAAGGUGUCGUGGAGCACAGCCAUGAAUCAACCCCGCUUCUCCCAACGAAUGCGUUUCGUGUCGCACACCGCUCAAUCUCAAGACGCAUUGCACAUGAAGGCGAAAGUGGACGCAGCGGGUUCCACAUCAGUCACUUCCUCUGUGUGCUUUGGCGAAGCUCAUGUACUGCCUCAAUGUUGGUCAACGUACUCUGGCCCAUUGUACCGAUUGCCGUCGUGUUGCAGCUCUUGCCUGGGUUGCAUCUUUCCAAGUUUGCGACUGCCUAUGUGGCUGUCGUGCCGUCAGCGAAUCUUCUUGGGUUUGCCGGACAAGAAUUCGCCCGGAAGAUGCCCAAGGUGGCUGGUAUAUUAAUCGAGACGACAUUUGGAUCCAUUGUCGAGAUCAUUCUCUUCCUUGUGCUCAUCCUGAAGCACGAGAUAUCCGCGCCUCAAGAGAGCGGUGAUGAAAACAAUCUCAUCCCUAUCAUCCAAGCCGCAAUUCUCGGGAGUAUCUUGACGAACUUAUUACUUUGUCUGGGUUUGUGCUUUUUUUUCGGAGGGAUCCGCCAUGAGAGUCAAAAGUUUCAUGCCAUUGUGUCCGAGGUUGGCACCGGACUACUUUUAGUUGCUGCCUUCGGACUUUUAAUCCCCAGUGCCUUCUACUCUGCCCUCAAGUCCGAGACAGUUUCCAAUCUCCCUGGAAUAUGGGUGAGGCACGAGGAUUUCACCGUGGGAACUCUUCAGGCCGAUGUCCUUCGCAUUAGUCAGGCAACCUCAAUUGCUCUCAUUGUUGCCUUUCUACUUUACGUCUGGUAUCAGGCCAACAGCCAACACAGUAUCUUUGACGAGGUCAUUGAGACAGACGAGCAACGCGACGCUGAUCGCGAAGCGGAUAUGGAGAAGCCCAAGUUCACCUUGACCGAAUCUAUAAUCGCUCUGCUCAUAUCACUGGUGCUAGUGACGCUUCUUCUGAUCUUCCUUGUCCGAGGCAUUGAACAUGUCGUUCAUAGCGGUGUUCCGGACCAAUUCUUAGGACUUAUUUUGCUUCCUUUGGUGGAGAAAGCAGCGGAGCAUUUGACAGCUAUUGAUGAAGCUUGGGAUGGGGUCAUCAACGUCGCACUCUAUCAUUGCCUGGCUCCUUCCAUCCAGACGGCUCUCUUCAAUGGGCCAUUGGUCGUUUUGGUUGGAUGGGCUCUGGGGAAACCAAUGGAUCUCAACUUUGAGAUAUUCAUGAUAGCUCUUCUCGUCCUAUCGAUUCUCGUCGUGGGAAAUUUUCUGCGGGAUGGAGAAUCAAACUGGCUCGAAGGUGCUUUGCUUGUAGUUGUGUAUACAAUCAUUGCCAUCGCAUGCUGGUAUUAUCCCAACCCUGACGUAGCAACAUCCAAUGGUAUGGAUGCUGUCAAUGUCACAAUCAGCAUCGAGGCACUUCAAGAACUCCAACAGCUGCUGCGGAAAAGCCAAGGACUUCGAAUUAAAGUCUCGUGA